AUGCCACGACAGACAGUGGGGAUUAUUCUGAUCCUCUUCGUCUCCCUAUCAACAUGCGUCGCAGCCGAACCGCAACGCUUCAGCUCCUGGUGGCCGAGGUACCGGAGCGCAAUCAACACAAUCAAAACCACAAAUUGCUCCGCGCAAUACGACGCAUACCUGACCGGAGACCAACCGGUCGGAAACCUGACCGCGAAUGACCCCGAGCUUGCGAUCUGGCAUGUUGACAGUGCAGUGACCCCGUUCACCAACUGCCUGCUGCGGGCCACGCCGGAGCUCUACAAAUCCAUGAUGGCCAGCGCACAGGUGGUGCUGGGACUGAUGCCCACGCUGCUGGCUAGCAUCAGCCCCAGCGCCCACGAGACGGCUAUGCUCUUCGUCUUCGGCGACCGCCAGCUCCUCUCGUUCCUCCUCAUGGUCGCCUCCCCGGCCAGCGCGGUCGACGCCUCGGGCAACCUCCACCAGCACGUCCAGGACCUGAAGGGCUCCCGCGAGUGGCUCUCCGCCGAGUCCUCCUCGCUGUUGCUGCAUCACAACCUCGCCAUCGUGGUCCUGGAGUUCUUCCUCGCCGCGGCGGCGGCGGCCAAUGUGCUGGUCCUCGCCUACGAGAUCUGCCUGCGUGUCAUCUUCUCUUUCGCCCAACAGUUACAGUGGAUGCCCGGACUGUGGGUCGCCAUCGGCGUGACCACCCACCUCUUGAUGACCGUCGCGCUGCGCACACGCGUGCGCAUUCGCAACAGUCGGACGAGUAACAUCAGCCUUCUCACUCGGGUGCUUCGAUGGGUGCGAGCGCAGUUCACCGCGUCGGACAGUAGCAGCGACGCGACCGAGGUUCAGUUGCGGGACCGCACUGUAGAUAAUGUGCUGAUCUCCUGGUUCACGGGGCUACUUGCCGCGGCCAACACGCUCCUUGGGAUUCUGCAGUUCUCAAGCAUGCUUUUUAUCUCCCCCAACGAUGCUCUGUUCAUCGUGGUGCGGUUCGUGGCCUCAGCAGUGGUGUGCCGGAUCCUGGUAAAGUACGAGCUGUGGCUUGUGCGACAACAGGUGAAAGUAAGUGGCAGUGAUGAUGGUGAACAGGUGAAAGGGGAUGUUUCGAUGGGCUAG